AUGUCCAGUGAGUACCAGCCCAGUCGGGUGAGUGGGCAGCGGUCUGUAAAGGUCGCUGGGGACAGCAGCGUGCAACGCAGUGGGUUAAACUGUGGGGCCUGGAUACCGUUCAGCAACGAAGGAAUUCACUGGGAGAGUCGGCCAGCCGACCCUGUGGAUGUUCUGCGAGCACUGGACUUUCACACCCUUCCCAUAGGAGUAAAGAAAACUACAGGCUUCUGCCCCAAGAGGAAGUCCACCUCCACCCCAGAUGUGGCCUACAGGAUAUCCAAGAAGGCCCAGAUCACCGCACCCACCAAGCAACUGUUCCCAAGUAAGCUUCCUGAGGACUUCUCCAUCAUGGCGCUGGUGAAGGCCCGUGCUGGAGUUCAGGCCUUCCUGCUGAGUGUGUACAGUGAGCAGGGCCUGCAGCAGGUGGGAGUGGAGCUGGGCCGCUCGCCUGUAUUUCUCUACGAGGACCAGCACGGCAAGCCCACACCUGAGCAGUACCCCAUCUUCAGUGGAAUCAACCUCGCCGACGGCAGUUGGAGGAUGCUUCCUUCUCAGCUGUGGUGCAAACCGCAGAACGCCCUGGUGCUAACCCCGCUCUCUCUGCCUCUUCCCCAGGGUGACAUCCAGCAGUUGUUGAUCUCCUCGGAUCCUCGGGCAGCAUAUGACUAUUGCCAACACUACAGCCCGGACUGUGACAAUCCCGUCCCAGAGCGAGCCCAGAACCAG